AUGGAUCAGCAGUACAGUGACUGGUCCUGGAUCAGCAGUACAGUGACUGGUCCUAGAUCAGCAGUACAGUGCCUGGUCCUGGAUCUGCAUACAGUGACUGUCUCUCUGUGCAGCAGCAGCUGGGCCUGGAUGAUGCCGGCGGUGCUGCAGCUCUCGGUGGUCCGCAGCAUCUUGUUCUUCGUCACUCUGGUGCUGUGGACAGAUGAACAGUAUGACUAUGGUGAUGUGGACUUAGUCAAUCCCAACGUGUACGUCAACGGUAUCAUAUGUGUCUCUACCUUCGUGUCCUUCUACGGCCACCUCCUCUUUUACAAAGCCACUAACAGUGCUCUACAUGGCUACGGACUGAGAGCCAAGUUCAUCUACGUCAUCGUGGUGUUGGUGCUGUGCGGCCUGCAGAGCGGCAUCCUGGAGACCAUGGGUGCUCUGGAGGUCAUCUCCUGCACCCCCCCUUUCUCUUUCCUGACCCGGUCACAGUUGAUCUACCACUACUGUGUGAUAGUGGAGAUGUUCUGCAUCGGCCCGUAUGCCCGCCACACAUUCCGCAAGGUGGAGCCGAGCUUGGUGGAGGACAUGGAGGGAACCAUCAGUGUUACACAGUUGGAAAAGGCUGUUCAAACAGACAAUGUUCACACGAUGCUUCACAAGUCGGGCGGCCUCGUCAGCGCCUCCAACCCCAGCUACAGCAGCGACAGCUGUUGGGGCAUGCUGUGCAGGAUCGAGCAUGCCCCUCUGGACGGAUUCCCCUUCCCUAAGGCCAGGGGCCAGCAGCCAGGCAGGCCAGAACCAGGGGAGCCCAGCAGGUCAGCAGAGGAACCCGGGACAAAUUGUUCCCACGUUAGUGUGAGGGCUGAUAUUAACUACCAGGUCUCUAAGGAUUUUACUGUAGUUUAA